ACAUUUAAGAAUAGUUUGAAUUUUGCAACAUAUUCCUUUGUAUGAGAUAAACUCUUGGAAGAAACAAGAUAUUGUCAGCAAAAUGAUUUGGUUCAUGAUAUUCCUCAUCGUAUGUUCAGUAUCAUUUGUUAGACCCGCCCACAUUCCAGAAAACGACCUUGGUGACAUAUUGAGACCAGCAUCCAAAAUCUGGCAUAAACAAUGCACUCUCAUAACUGGUGCCACAGAGGAACAAAUUGAGGAAUUGAAACAAGGAAAAUUCGCCGACGACGAAAAUAUUCAGAAAUAUGUCUCAUGUCUUGGCUUAAUAUCUGGAGUGAUAAAGACUGAUAUCACAUUCGAUGAAAAACUGGUGAAACACUAUCUGCCAGAUAAUUUGGAAUAUAAACUAGCCCAGCAUAUUGAGUGCCUUAAUGCGGCUAAGAACAUUGUUUUGAAAGAUGCUACUAAACAAAUAUGGCACGCAGUCCAAUGCGCUUACAAAAAGGAUCCCGAAAAAUUCCUGAUGUUUUAAACGAGAAGAAAUGAACUCUCCAUGAUAUGGACAUCUAACAUCAUCAUCAAUGAACAACCAUGGGAACAACAAUGGCAACAAACAUAACACUAUUUCAUAUAAAAAUAUCAGUGUAGUGAAUGUAUAAAUUUCACAAAAUUUAAA